GCUCGGCAGCGCUGUGGUCACACGUGGCGAUGAGUGUGGUCUGGCUCUGGGCAGGCUGGCCUCGAUUGUGGAGCAGGUGGCGAUGCUGCAGAACCAAGGCAGGGAGAUGAUGAUUGUCACCAGUGGAGCCGUGGCCUUUGGCAAGCAAAGAUUAAGACACGAGAUCCUGCUGUCCCAGAGCGUCCGGCAGGCGCUGCACUCUGGACACAGUCAGCUCAAAGACAUGUCUGUGCCGGUUCUGGAGGCCCGGGCCUGCGCUGCUGCUGGACAGAGUGGCCUGAUGGCGCUGUAUGAGGCCAUGUUCACCCAGUACAGCACCUGCACUGCACAGGUCCUGGUGACAAAUCUGGACUUCCACGAUGACCAAAAGAGGCAGAACCUGAACAGCACACUGCAGGAGCUGCUGCGCAUGAACAUCGUGCCCAUCAUCAACACCAACGACGCUGUGGUGCCUCCCCCGGAGCCCAACAGCGACCUGCAGGGGGUAAAUGUGAUCAGCAUUAAGGACAACGACAGCCUGGCAGCGCGGCUCGCUGUGGAGAUGAAGGCUGACCUGCUCAUCGCGCUGUCUGACGUGGAAGGACUAUACAACAGCCCCCCUGGAACAGAUGAUGCCAAGCUCAUUGACAUCUUCUAUCCUGGAGACCAGCAGUCUAUCACCUACGGCACAAAGUCCAGAGUUGGGAUUGGAGGCAUGGAGGCCAAGGUGAAGGCUGCACUCUGGGCGCUGCAAGGUGGCACCUCAGUGGUCAUUGCAAACGGCACUAACCCCAAAGUGACCGGCCACGUCAUCACUGACAUCGUGGAGGGCAAGAAAGUGGGAACUUUCUUCUCAGAAAUCAAACCUGCUGGUCCGUCUGUGGAGGAGCAGACGGAGAUGGCUCGUAACUCUGGAAGAACCCUGGCAUCUCUGCAUCCAGACCAGAGGAGUGAGAUCAUCUGCCAUCUAGCAGACCUUCUGACUGAAAGGAAGGAAGACAUUCUGGCCGCCAAUAAGAUGGACAUGGACCUGGCUGUCAGCGCAGGUCAUCUACCUUCAGCUAUGCUGAAGCGUCUGAGCUUGUCUCCGGCCAAACUCAACAGCUUGGCCAUCGGCCUGCGGCAGAUAGCCGUGUCAGCCCAGGACAGCGUGGGUCGGGUGCUGCGCAGGACCAGGGUGGCUCACAACCUGGAGCUGGAGCAGAUCACUGUGCCCAUCGGCCUUCUCCUGGUCAUCUUUGAGGCCCGGCCCGACUGCCUGCCGCAGGUGUCAGCUCUGUCCAUAGCCAGUGGCAACGCCCUUCUGUUAAAGGGAGGCAAAGAGGCGUCCAGCACCAACCGGGUCCUCCAUCAGCUCACCCAGGAGGCCCUUUCCUUGCAUGGAGUCUCCCAGGCUGUGCAGCUGGUGAGCACUCGCGAGGAGGUGGAGGACCUGUGCCGACUGGACAAGAUGAUCGACCUGAUUAUCCCCCGAGGUUCGUCCCAGCUGGUGCGGGACAUUCAGCGGGCAGCCAAGGGCAUCCCGGUGCUGGGUCACAGUGAGGGAAUCUGCCACGUCUACGUCGACGCAGACGCCAGUGCGGACAAAGUCAUGAAAAUUGUCAGAGAUUCAAAGUGUGACUACCCAGCUGCUUGUAAUGCCAUGGAAACGCUGCUGGUCCACCGGGACAUCCUCAGGACGCCGCUGUUUGACCAGAUCAUCGACCUGCUGCGCACCGAACGGGUGAAGAUUCACGCAGGGCCUCGGUUCGCCUCCUACCUGACGUUCAGCCCCUCGGAGGCCAAGUCCCUGCGGACAGAGUACGGUGACCUGGAGUGCUGCAUGGAGGUGGUGGACAGCAUGCAGGAGGCUGUGGACCAUAUACACAAGUACGGCAGCUCCCACACAGAUGUUAUCAUCACAGACAAUGAGGACACAGCAGAGCAGUUCCUGCAGCAGCUGGACAGCGCCUGUGUCUUCUGGAACGCCAGCUCACGUUUUGCUGAUGGCUACCGGUUUGGACUGGGAGCAGAGGUUGGUAUCAGCACAGCUCGUAUCCAUGCCCGAGGCCCUGUAGGCCUUGAGGGGCUGCUCACCACCAAGUGGGUCCUGAGGGGUGAUGGGCAUACAGCAGCCGACUUCUCCGAGCACGGCAACAUGAAGUACCUGCAUGAAAACCUGCCUGUCGGCCAGUCUUUAGCCGGACAGAGGGACAGCAACUAGGCCAGAGACUCACAGCUUUUACUUGGUCUUAUCGCUAGAAACCGUUUGUUCUCCUCAGAAAGCUGCUGUUGGCUGGUGUUUGAACCUCUGAAGCACACGUGAUGGGACGAGUCACUCAGCACACCUGUGGUCCAGUUUACCUACACAACCAGAACCAUGUUCCUGGACAGAUUAUGCUGUUGUUCAGGGACGAAGGGUUUACAAAUAUUUAAAAUUCUACCUCUCUUGUACGUGCAUAUGAGUUAUGCAGGCUGGCCAGCAGGUCAGUGAAAACAGAGCCAGAGGUAACCAAGAUUACUUUAUAAAGUAGAAACAGGCGUUACCAUGCAGUGUCUCUAAGGUGCUUUUAAAAUGAUCUCAGGACAUAAUUUUGGAUCUGACUUUUUCAUUUCAUGACAGAUAACUAAUAUAAUAAUAAUAACUAAUAUUCCCAAUCAACAUCGAGCUUUGAUGUGUCUGUGAUCAGUGACCAGCAGAGGUUCUCUACGCUACGUUUUUAAUUUCACGUCAUUCUGUCCUCUCAGCAAAGCAACGCCUGCUUUAAAUGUAGAAGUGAAGGCUCAGGUUUCUGUUCAGCCAGCUUGUUACCCACCAGCUUCACAGUCAGUGUGCUGAGGGCUUUCUUUGUUCAUAUAGCAUUGCUUCUGCUUUAUUUGCUGUACCUUAGGGUGUAAUUGUGUCUGUAUUCUCCUGAACUUCCAGGUGUUUUGAUAAGAUGAGGUGCUACCCUUGGUCCCUUUAACCAUGAAGUAAUAGAAGUCAAAGGUUGUGUUUGGUGGUGCACAUCUUCUCCUCUAGCUCGUCUUUACCAGCUUUUACAUUUCACGGGACAAAACCUGAUUCCAGGAUUGGAAUUAAAAUAAAACUGUGCGACAAACAUA